GAGCUGUCUCUUACUUUCUGCCGGCCGAAUGGAACCAAGCAAGUUGUGACCUUCAGCUCCAAGCCGCUGUGCUUCCGCCACUCACGUGAGUAUCCAUACGUGGUGACGGAGGUGGGGUCCGAGCUACCACACAUUGCUUCUGCUGACGUGCAGCCGAACUGGGUUCUGACACACGUGAACGGUACGAAGCUGCACAAGCAUUGGCCUAAGGCUGUGACACAGCUCAGACAUGCUGUGGGACGGCUGCCUCACAAGAGUGCCAAGGCCCAUAGGCAUUCUCCUCAUUCAAGAAGAAACACCGUCGACUCCUCGCCAAAGGUGAGUGAGAAGAUUGUUGCGAUGGACCUCUUAGGCAAGGUGCCAAAGAGCGUGGAUCUUAGCCUUUGGAGCUAUGAGGGGGCCUUAGUCAGGUGA